AUAUGAACAGGAAAGGAUUAAAACAUCCUUUGGAAAUCUUUGCCACACCCCCAUAUGUAAAUAGGUCUGUCACUCCUGUGUUUGUCCACAGCUCCAGCUCCAGAUGAACCAGGGUAGUGUGUGGUGGCAGGAACAGCUGACUCAUUAGUAGAGAGCAGUGAAAGCAAUGGCAACUCUCUGGUUCAAAUACAGUAGCUUCUAGGGAAGGAUGAAUUUCAAGAUUUUCCAGUAAAUUGAACCAAAAUAUUGGCAGACAGGUUACCUGAAGAAAGGAUGAUGGAUGCAGAAGUUGAAGACAAAACAUUGCAUACUUUCUCCAAAGGAACUGAAGUACCAAUGGAUUCUCUGAUCCAAGAACUCAGGGCUGCAUAUGAUUGCUCUAUGGCCAAGAAGAGAAGAGCUGACGAGCAGGCACUGGGAGUGCCAGUUAACAAGAGGAAAUCUCUGUUAAUGAAACCCCGGCACUACAGCCCAGACAUGGACUGCAAGGGAGCCCCAGACACCAGGAAUGAGGAUGAUGGCCUCUUAGAAACGAAUGAGCACUCCACUGCAGAGGGAAUCAUGAUGAAGCCCAUGGAUGAGACCCUUCAUUCACCUGCACAAGAAAGCUCACUCCGAAAGGAAGACCAGUUCGUGUGUUACCCAGAGCUCAUGGUCAAGUCUCUAACACACUUGGGAAAAUUUGAAGAAACUGUGUCUAUGCAGACCAUAGGUGAGCCCUUAAAUGACAGUGGUACCCAGUCUCUAAAAGCAGAGAGCGAUGAGGCAGAUGAGUGCUUUAUGAUCCAUUCAGAUGACGGAAGAGACAAAGUCCACAGUGCCCAGCCACCUUUCUGUCCCUCUGGUGACAGUGGAAGUGACUCUGACAGCGCCGAGAAUGGGUGGGGCAGCGGCUCCAGUUCAUCAGAAGACACGGACCACAGAGGCCACAGACACAAGCUGACAUACAAUAAAUCGGACCUGUUGGAGGUUUCUGAGAUAAAAGCUGAGGGGGUCGGAUUUACCCCCUGUGAGAGUAGGUGUGACUCCGACACUGAUGGGAGAGACCCACAGAACUCCCGCGUGGAACCCGUAGCGGUCAAAGCCCAGCCUUCAUUCCCAGAGGCUGAAGAUGGUGAGAGCCUGGUCACAGUAACAGAGGAGCCUGGAGAAAUGGAGAAAGUGAAGGGGAACCUGAGUUUGCUGGAACAGGCCAUUGCCCUACAGGCAGAACGAGGUUCUGUCUUCCAUCACACCUACAAGGAGCUGGACCGCUUUCUUCUGGACCACCUGGCAAGAGAACGGAGGCAAACCAAGGUUACUGACAGUGGUGGAAGAGAAGUCUUUAACAAUAAACAUUCACCAAGGCCUGAGAGGAGGGAGGCCAAGUGCCCCAUCCCUGGCUGUGACGGCACGGGGCACGUAACCGGGCUCUAUCCCCACCACCGCAGCCUCUCCGGGUGCCCCCACAAAGUGCGAGUUCCUCUGGAAAUUCUUGCCAUGCACGAGAAUGUGCUCAAGUGUCCCACCCCAGGAUGCACAGGAAGGGGGCAUGUGAACAGCAACCGCAACACUCACAGAAGUCUUUCAGGUUGUCCAAUUGCUGCAGCUGAAAAGUUGGCAAUGACCCAGGACAAAAGUCAACUUGAUUCUUCCCAGACUGGGCACUGUCCUGAGAAGGCUCACAGGACAAAUUUGGUGAAGCAAAUCGAAUUUAACUUCCGUUCACAAGCCAUCACCUCUUCGAGAGCCACCGUAUCAAAAGAACAAGAGAGGUUUGGGAAAGUGCCAUUCGAUUAUGCCAGUUUUGAUGCUCAAGUUUUUGGUAAACGUCCUCUCAUACAAACAGGACAAGGACAAAAGACUCCACCAUUUCCUGAAUCAAAGCAUUUUUCAAAUCCAGUGAAAUUUCCUAAUGGGCUGCCUAGUGCUGGCGCCCACACACAGAGCACAGUCCGUGCCAGCUCUUAUGGCCAUGGUCAGUGCAGUGAAGACACCCACAUAGCAGCAGCUGCUGCCAUCCUGAACCUUUCCACCCGCUGCAGGGAAGCUACAGACAUCCUCUCCAACAAACCACAGAGCCUGCGUGCCAAGGGAGCUGAGAUAGAAGUGGAUGAAAAUGGCACAUUGGACUUAAGCAUGAAAAAAAAUCGAACCCUGGACAAGUCUAUACCCCCAACUUCCUCUCACACUACAGUUACAACCCCGUCUUCUUCCCCAUUCAAAGCAAGCAGCCUUCUGGUCAAUGCUGCCUUCUACCAGGCUCUUUGUGACCAAGAAGGCUGGGAUGUGCCCAUCAACUAUAGCAAAACCCAUGGAAAGACAGAGGAGGAGAAAGAGAAAGACCCUGUGAACUCCUUAGAAAAUUUAGAGGAAAAAAAGUUUGCUGGAGAGGCCUCUAUUCCAAGCCCAAAGCCCAAGCUUCAUUCAAGAGAUCUGAAGAAAGAGCUAAUCACAUGCCCAACACCAGGAUGUGAUGGAAGUGGCCAUGUCACGGGCAACUAUGCAUCUCACCGCAGUGUCUCCGGAUGUCCUCUGGCCGAUAAGACUCUUAAGUCCCUCAUGGCUGCCAACUCUCAGGAGCUUAAGUGUCCAACCCCGGGUUGUGAUGGUUCUGGGCAUGUGACUGGAAACUAUGCAUCCCACAGAAGCUUGUCUGGUUGCCCUCGUGCAAGGAAAGGUGGCGUCAAAAUGACUCCUACCAAGGAAGAAAAAGAAGAGUCUGAGCUUAAAUGUCCUGUAAUAGGGUGUGACGGGCAAGGUCACAUAUCAGGUAAAUACACAUCGCACCGCACAGCUUCUGGCUGUCCUCUGGCUGCCAAGAGACAGAAGGAGAAUCCCCUCAAUGGGGCCCCUCUCUCCUGGAAACUGAACAAGCAAGAACUUCCCCACUGUCCCUUGCCAGGAUGCAACGGGCUGGGUCAUGUAAAUAACGUUUUCGUCACCCACAGAAGCUUAUCUGGAUGCCCUCUCAAUGCACAAGCUAUCAAAAAGGUCAAGGUCUCUGAGGAACUAAUGACCAUCAAGCUCAAAGCAUCUGGGGGUAUUGAUGGUGAUGAAGAAAUCAGGCAUUUGGAUGAAGAAAUAAAGGAACUGAAUGAAUCCAACCUUAAAAUUGAAGCAGACAUGAUGAAACUUCAGACCCAGAUAACAUCUAUGGAGAGCAACUUGAAAAGCAUAGAGGAGGAGAACAAGCUUAUAGAGCAGAGCAAUGAGAGUCUGCUGAAGGAGCUGGCAGGGCUCAGCCAGGCGCUCAUCUCCAGCCUUGCCGACAUCCAGCUGCCGCAGAUGGGGCCUAUCACUGAGCAGAAUUUUGAAGCGUAUGUAAAUACUCUCACAGACAUGUACAGCAAUCUGGAGCGGGACUAUUCUCCGGAAUGCAAAGCUCUACUGGAAAGUAUCAAGCAGGCGGUGAAGGGCAUCCACGUGUAGGAGGGCAGCAUGCAGGAAGCAGAGGUCACCACAGCAGUGAAUUCACGCCGACCCACAGGGGCCUCUCACCCCUGGAGCCUGGAGGCUGCCCCCUGCAUUUAUGAUUGCAACAUUGCACUAAUUUUCCCCCAGCUGACAUAAAAAGGAAAGAAAAACUAUGAUAAACUCUUUGGAUUAAAAGUAAUGCAGUCAAUUAUUAUAUCUCAUUUAUUUUCUUAUCUUUUUCUUUUAUUUCUUCACUGUACUCUUUAUUUUGUAAAGUAUGUAUAAAAUAAAUGUGACAUUUUAUAUUUUAUUUAUUACUAAUCAAAGAGUUUUUUAUCUUUUAACUGCAUUUUGAAGUCUACCAUAUUUUUACAGGUGUGUUUAUUAAUUUAUCUUCUAAUAGAUUUAAAUAGAAAUGCUGUUCUCAAAUCACACACAUCUUUCUGGGUUUAAGUGAGAAAAACAACAACAA